GGAGUAUUGAUCUGUAGCCUACUGAAAUGGAUCUACAGGUGAUUGUCUGGGUGCUCUACUGCUUUUUCUUGCCCACCAUGCUGUUAACAGCUUGUCUUUUUCGCUACAACAUCCUUUCACUGGUUCACUUCCUCUACCUGCUGCUGCUGCCGUGGUUCCUGAGUCCCAACAAGCACACAAUCAGAGGUCACACAGGACGGUUUAUCUGGGUAGUUUUCUGUACCAGUCUACUCUUUGUACUGGCUCAUAUCUGCUUCCAGACAAUACUAUACACAUAUCCUCCUCUCAACAUCGCCAUAGGGGAUAACUGUUCACAAUGGGACACUAUAACCAUACAUAUAGGACUGUCCAGGCUUCCCUUGGAUGAUCCUUGGAGUGUGUUACGCCUUCUGUGUCCUGACAUGGGUGUGUGUGUGGUUGCCUUGAUAACAAUCAUCCUCUGCAGCAGAUUGGUCAGGAACAGAGAAAUGGUGGCUGCUGCCAACAUUACAUCGCUUGAAGAUGAUUCAACAGAAAAAAUCACAGAUGAUGAGGAGGAGGAAGAGGAGGAUGAAGAGGAAGAGGCAUCAGGAGAUGAAGAUGAAGAAGAAAGAUCACUACCUGGCGAACCUGAUGAGGAGGUUUCCACAGCAACCAGAGCAAAGCAGCUGGCUGAGCGUCUGAAGACCAAAGCUCGGAAAGUCCUACGGGACCUGGGGAAAAUCGUGGCCAUCGGCCUGCUGGCUUUGGCUGGCAUCACACUGCCCUCUGCCUUCUCAGCCAUCUACUUCCUGCUUUUCAUCGGCGUGUGCACGUGGUGGGCGUGCCACCUUCCCAUCAGUCACCUGGGAUUCAAUGCACUGUGUGUGAUGGUUGGCUUCUUCACUGCUGGUCACAUGGUUUGUCUGUACGUGUACCAGAGUCUGCUGGCCCAGGCCCUGUUCCCCCCACACAGUCUGUGGGCCAGACUCUUUGGUCUGAAGGACAUCAUCAUACCAGGAAACUGCUCCUCACCCUAUGACCUAAACCUUAAUGCAGGUCAUGAUUGGCCAGUUUACGUCAACCCAGGAAUACUGUUCCUCCUCUACAUUACCAUAGCAACAGUUCUCAAGACAGGAUAUCAUGGAACACCUAACCAGCAGGUUAAGGAAGAGCAGCAGCAGGAGAAAAUAGAAGACGAGGAGAUGGUUGAGCUAAGGUCAUGGAAUCAACAGAAAGAUGAUCAUGAAGAUGACACACAGCUCAUGCUCCUGUCUAGGGGCACAGAAAGCAGCAGAGCAGGAACUAUGGCUGGAGAAAGUGAGCCAGAUUUGGGUGCUAGUGGCGCCCCCAGUGGACCCCAACAGAGUGAAAGCCCGUUUUUCCUGCUGGGAAAGGUGGUCAUGCAGCAGAGCUAUGUCUGUGCUCUCAUAGCCAUGAUGGUUUGGAGCAUCACGUACCACAGCUGGCUGACCUUUGUGCUGCUGUUGUGGGCAUGUCUCAUCUGGAUCCUGCGAGCCAGACGACAUGCAGCCACACUGUGCUCCCCAUUCAUCCUGCUUUAUGGACUUGCUCUGUGCUGUCUGCAGUAUGUCUGGGCAAUGGAGCUUCAGCCUGAACUGCCCACCACUGUGGGCAACAUGAGUCUCAGACAGCUGGGACUAGACAGAGCCCAACACCCCUGUUUAAGACUGGGAGCUAUGCUCCUGUUUACUUUGACCUUCUGGCUUUUAGUACGUCAGGCAGUGAAGGAAAACUUCAGCAGGAAGAGGAAAAUGACCACACCACUACAGGAGGUCACUACAGGAGAGGGUGCUGGUAAUGAAUCAGUGUUGAAGGUUCUAGGAGGCAUGGUGAUGAGCUGUUAUGCCAAGUACUGGAUCUAUGUGUGUGGAGGGAUGUUCAUCAUGGUCUCUUUUGCUGGAAAACUUGUUGGAUACAAAAUCAUCUACAUGCUGCUGUUCCUGCUCUGCCUCUGUCUCUAUCAGGUGUACUAUUCUCUGUGGAGACGUCUAUUGAAGCUCUUCUGGUGGCUUGUUGUAGCCUACACAAUGCUGGUGCUGAUAUCCAUCUACACUUACCAGUUUGAAGACUUCCCUGGAUACUGGAGAAACUUUACCGGUUUUACUGAAAAACAGUUGGCAGCGAUUGGUCUGGAGACGUUUGCUCUGUCUGAACUCUUUAGCAGUAUUCUGAUCCCUGGCUUCUUCCUGUUGGCCUGUAUUCUGCAGCUGCACUACUUCCACAAACCCUUCAUGAGAAUCACUGACCUUGAGCAUGUUACACCGAUAAACAAGAAGAAACGCCCUGAGAGGACUGAGCAGAUUGCCUCUGGUAAUGUGGGAAUGAACUUUGAAGAGGAAGACCUGGUGACUAACAUUGAUGAGGAAUCUGAAGAUGAAGUGGAGUUGAUUCCCAGUAAGUGGGGUCUGGUGAUGGACAGGUUGUUGGUUCUGUCCAGAAGGUUCUCUGACAUUCUCACAAAAGUUCAAGUGUUUCUCUGGAGACUACUGGAGCUCCACAUCUUCAAGAUGGUGGCCUUCUUCUCUGUGUGGGUUUCACUUGAAGAGCCAUCCGUGAUGAACCUGGUCUUGGUGGUGUUGUGGUCUCUGGCAAUGCCCUACAGUCGGUUCGGACCCAUGGCUUCCUGUCUGUCAACAGUCUGGGUGUGUGUCAUCAUCGUGUGUAAGAUGCUGUACCAGCUCAGUGUUGUCAACCCUGUUGAGUACUCCAGUAACUGUAGCCUGCCCUUAACAAAUGAAACCAACCUGCUACCAGAAGAGAUGAUGAACUCCUCUCUGUAUAAGGAGCAAGUGGACCCAGCCAUAUGGUUUGGUAUCAGGAAAGAUGCCACAGUACUGGGAUAUAGCAAGAAUCAUUUAAUAGUGCUGAUGUUGUUGGUGUUUGAGGCGACAGUAUAUCGACACCAGUCUCACCACUACUGUCAGCUCCAGCGAUCUCCUCCCACCAUCCCUACUUUGUUCCCUGCUGCCACCAGGGACACUCUAGACCAGGGCCUCAUUUCCUGCUCCAAGUACCUGCUCAACUACACCUUCUACAAAUUUGGAUUAGAGAUUUGCUUCCUGAUGACUGUCAAUGUGAUUGGCCAGCGGAUGAACUUCUUGGUGAUAAUCCAUGGGUGUUGGUUGGUAGCCAUCUUGGUGAGGCGGCGGCGGGCAGCUAUUGCCAGGAUCUGGCCCAGAUAUUGUCUCUUUCUGUCCAUCUUCAUGAUCUACCAGUAUCUUUUGUGUGUGGGCAUACCGCCUGCUCUCUGUAUAGACUACCCAUGGCGGUGGAACACUCAAGUGUUGAUGAACUCGGCGCUCAUCAAAUGGAUCUACCUGCCUGACUUCUACACUGUGCCGAACUCCAAAAACCUAGGUGUGUCGGACUUUGUGCUCCUGCUGUGUGCAUCCCAGCAGUGGAAGGUGUUUGAGUGCGAGCACACAGAGGAGUGGAUGGUUCUUGCAGGAGAGAACACAGAUGACCCUGAACCAAUGGAAGGUCGACUAUUUAACCCUGCACCAAACUUCAUCAACUGCAGGAGUUACCUGGACAUGGCUAAAGUUUUGGUGUUUCGUCACCUCUUCUGGUUUGUGCUGUCAGUGGUCUUCAUCACCGGCGCUACGAGAAUCUCUGUGUUUGGAUUGGGCUACCUGCUCGCCUGCUUCUUUUUUCUACUGUUAGGCACCAGGCUUUUGGUCAAAUCAUCCAGAACCCGCCUCGCCCUGUGGGACUGUCUCAUCAUCUACAACGUGGCAGUCAUUAUAUCUAAAAAUGUGUUAUCAAUCCUGGCAUGUGUGUUUAUGUUUGAGAUGCAGAACGGCUUCUGUUGGGUGAUUCAGCUCUUCAGCCUGGUUUGCACAGUUAAAGGAUACUAUGACCCAAAAGCAGUGAGUGACAAGACCUGCAGCCUCCCAGUAGAAGAGGCUGGGAUCAUCUGGGAUAGUAUCUGUUUUCUCUGUCUGUUGCUGCAGAGGAGGGUUUUCCUCAGUCACUACUUCCUGCAUGUGAUUGCAGAGCUGCAAGCUUCUGCAAAACAGGCCUCGAGGGGAUUUAAGCUCUUCAGAGCCAGUAUCGUGAAAAACAUUAAGUUCCACCAACAAGCUGAGAGGAAAUCUCUGUCACAGCUCAAGAGAUCGAUGCAGAGAAUUCGUGCAAAGCAGCAGAAGUACAGAGAUGGACACAAAACAAGUGAAGAUUCUAACGAGAGUCAGACUGCUGAGACCCAGACAGACAAGAAGAGUUCCAGGAAGAAAAACUGGUACCAGCCAUGGUUGGACCAUGCUACAGUGCUCCACUCAGGAGAGUACUACCUGUUUGAAUCAGACAGUGAGGAUGAAGAGGACUCUGAGGAACAGAAGCCUCAAAAACAGACUGCCUGCAAGUUGGCAUACCUGGCGUGGGUGACAAGCGUGAAAACAGCUUUGAAAGAACGUCAGAGACACCAACGACAACUGAGGAGGAGUGAGAGAAAAGAGAAAGAGAGAGAAGGAAAAGUGGUUUCACAACAGGAGACUUUUUCUGCGAUAGGUUGUGGGGACAAUGAUGUGUUUGGGGACCCUGGCAUUCAGGAAGAGGAACCAGAGGAACAGGAGUCCAGUCACGGUGACAUGGUUCAGAGGAUCUUGGAUAUCCUGCGCUUCUUAUUGGCAAUAGUUCUGGCCAUGGUGGAUGGACUGACUCAGUGGCUCAACCUGCUGACUAAACAGUACAGAGAGACAUCUACUGUUCUAUGCAAUGAACGCUACUUCAUCAUACACAAGAUACGGCAGCAUCAUACAACAGCAGACUCCACAGACGACCUGGUAUCUCAGGGCAGUGAGAGUCCCACACUGGAGACUUGUUUGGACGAGACUGAUGCAGACUCCACCAGACACAGCUGCCUCGAGGUGGAUAGCGGAGGUGUAACAGACCGGUCUACCCCCAGACCAAGGCUCAACAGCAUUGGGAACCUCUUGAGUCCAGAACGCCCACCCAGCAGCAUGGAGCCUAUACCAGCGACAUCCAAACAACAACACAGACACUCUAGAACAGCCAGCGAGCUGCUGGGGGAAAGGCAGUUCUUCAUUGAGGAGCUAGAACAGAGCAGAGAGUUCUAUAACAGCCAGAGCCGUCUGCUGAAGCUACUGUUUGCCAUGUACAACCUACUGGCAGCCAACUCAGAGCUAGUCUGCUAUUUUAUCAUAGUGUUAAACAACGCGGUCAGUGCCUCUGUGAUAUCACUGGUCCUCCCCAUACUGGUGUUCCUAUGGGCUAUGCUAGCUGUUCCAAGACCAACCAAGAGGUUUUGGAUGACUGCUAUAGUCUACACAGAGGUGAUGGUGGUGGUGAAAUACCUUUUCCAGUUUGGAUUCUUUCCUUGGAACAGUGUUUAUGAGAUGACUAUAAAUGAAGACAAACCUUUCUUCCCACCUUGCAUCCUGGGCCUGGAGAAGACUGACAAUUACAUCAGAUAUGAUCUUCUUCAACUGCUGGCUCUGUUCUUCCACAGAUCCCUUCUCAUGCGUUAUGGUUUGUGGGACCACGAGGGCCCCUUGGAGGAGCAAAGCCCCUCACCAGAAAGUUGUAAGGACGAAGGAAUAAGUAGAGAACGAGAUGAAGAUGGAGGGAAGAAGGAGGGUAGAGGGGAAGAGGAGGAGGGCAGAGUUAGCUCAGCAUCUACCCUGGACAACCUGGAAAUUACUGAACUACACCAACUUGAAAAGGAUAAUGUGGACUAUGUUGGACCGAGUACCAGCUCUGCUGCUACCACACAACCUCCUGCCGCUGAACCAGCACCCAGUGGGUCAGAAGAUGGGCAUGAAACUCUGUCUGGGCUUAAGGACAGGUUGAAUCCUCCCAGCAGAACGAGGGACAAUAAGAUGGUGGGCGACAAUGAUCAGCUGAUAGAGGGAGUCCCAAAGAAAAGCAGCAGUAUCCGCUUUCGCAAGAAACCUAAAAAAGCGAAAAAACAAAGCAGCAAAGUGAAGCCCACAGUUGAGACUGCAGAUCCCUGUGAAGCAGAACCAGUGAAGAAGAAGCAGAAAGACAGGAGGAGAGAAGAGGCCAGUCGGAGAUUGCUGGCUGUGGGCCACAAGAUAAAACAAGUCUUCCUCUCUGGUAUUCACAGCGUUUACAGGCCAACGCAGGGAUUCUUCAGGGGUAUUCUCCAUGCUGAGUAUCGGGCUGCCACAGAUGUAUAUGCACUCAUGUUUCUGACUGAUGUCGUUGACUUCAUCAUCGUCAUCUUUGGCUUUUGGGCUUUUGGGAAACACAGUGCAGCAGCUGAUAUAGCCUCCACCCUGUCAGAGGACCAGGUUCCUGAGGCCUUCCUGGUGAUGCUGCUCAUUCAGUUCAGCACCAUGAUCAUCGACAGAGCCUUGUACCUGCGAAAAGCUGUUUUGGGAAAACUCAUCUUCCAGGUGAUUCUUGUGUUUGGGAUCCACCUGUGGAUGUUCUUCAUCUUGCCUGCUGUCACUGAAAGGAAGUUCAAUCAGAACUUUGUGGCCCAGCUCUGGUACUUUGUCAAGUGUAUUUACUUUGGCCUGUCAGCCUAUCAAAUCCGCUGUGGAUACCCCACUCGUAUCCUUGGAAACUUCCUCACCAAGAAAUACAACCACCUCAACCUAUUUCUCUUCCAAGGGUUCCGUCUGGUGCCAUUCUUGGUUGAGCUGCGAGCAGUGAUGGAUUGGGUUUGGACUGACACCACUCUGUCUCUGUCAGACUGGAUGUGUGUGGAGGACAUUUAUGCCAACAUCUUCAUCAUUAAAUGCAGCCGUGAGACAGAGAAGAAAUACCCACAGCCCAAAGGACAGAAGAAGAAGAAGAUAGUGAAAUAUGGCAUGGGUGGACUCAUCAUCUUCUUCUUGAUCUGCAUCAUAUGGUUUCCCCUUCUCUUCAUUUCAUUGGUCAGAUCAGUUGUGGGUGUGGUCAACCACCCCAUUGAUGUCACUGUGACUGUCAAGCUGGGAGGAUACGAGUCCCUGUUUACCAUGAGUGUGCAGCAGCAGUCGAUCCAGCCCUUUACAGAGGCUGAAUAUGACCAACUUACCAAAACAUUUGGAGACAAUGCGGUAGCCAUGCAGUUCAUCACUCUCUACAGUUAUGAAGAUAUCGUGACAGCCAUGAUUGAAGGAAGUUCAGGAUCAGUAUGGAGGAUCAGCCCGCCCAGCAGACAGGAAGUCAUUAAAGAACUACUUGGAAGUCCUGUAGACCUAACACUACGCCUGGCCUGGACUUUCCAGAGGGACUUAGGUAAAGGAGGGACGGUGGAACACACAUUUGACAAACACUCUAUAGACCUGGAACCUGGAAACCCAGUCCGAGCAGAUCUGGCUUCACUACUGGUUGGCAAUCGCACCGAGCCUGUGCAUGUUCCUCAUAUGCUCCCUAACUUCAUCCGUGCCCCCAAUGGAGCUGAGGCUAAACCAGUCGCUCAACUUUAUAAAGGUAAUGAAGAUGGUUACCUGGAUAUAACCCUGUCCCUGAAGAGUGACAGGUCACUGAAUGGCAGUGGGAACCAGGAGUGGUGGGACAUUGCCAUUGCAGGUUGUGCGUCCUCCUCGUGUGGGGUUUUACCCAUAGUCAUAUUCAAUGACAAAGUCAGUCCACCUAGCCUGGGUUUCCUGGCUGGAUAUGGGAUCAUGGGUCUGUAUGUGUCUGUGGUCUUAGUCAUUGGGAAGUUUGUGCGUGGCUUCUUCAGUGAGAUCUCCCAUUCCAUCAUGUUUGAGGAGCUGCCCUGUGUUGACCGCAUCCUGAAGCUUUGCACAGACAUCUUUCUGGUGCGUGAGACAGGAGAGCUGGAGCUAGAAGAGGAACUUUAUUCCAAACUGAUCUUCCUCUAUCGAUCUCCAGAGACUAUGAUCAAAUGGACCAGGGACAUGCACAGCCGAGACAAUGACAGAUACUGACUGACUGCAACAGGUGACAUUAUGUUUGCUUGUAAUACCAUACAGUGAAAUCUGAAGCACAUUGCAAAGAUGUCCAGCCGAAGGAAGGCUUCUUGAGAAAACUCCUUACCAGACUUGAAAUUGGGAGAUGUACACUAAUAGACGUACUGUAUGAAACAUUACCUGUUGCUAGACACCUAUUGCGGUUCUUCACAGCUACCUGAGCACUUUCAUGAAACCACCUUACACUACAGACUAUUGAGAGUGCAAUUGCAGUUUCACUGUGGAUAGGAUGGAUUACAGCUGGAUGUCUGUCCUGCAGGAUUCUGACAUAAUGUCCCUGGAAUACACAGUUAGAGGUCAAAUCGAGCUGUUUUAAUGGCAAGGGUCAAAGGUCAAACAGAAAAGAUACUACUUAAGUCCUUAUCACACCAGGGGCAUUUUUUCGUGUGAUUCAUUUGCACAUUAAUAUGUUUUUUGAAUUGUUUUUGUCAUUAGUACUUUCACACAGAACGUGAAUACUACGCGGCUAAAGUGUGGCGUUUUCAUUUCAUAACGGGGCUGAUUUCUCUGAGCUUUCGCACUGCAAAUUAAGGCAUCAACCAAUCACGUUGUGCGGAAUUGAUUUAGUGGUGCCUAUAUUUAUGAAAAAACAAUGCAGGGUCUCCAUAGUCCAAUCCAAGAUGGCAAGCUUUAUCACUCUCUUCAUGACGAAGGCAGCGCAGGCUAGAUUCACUCCUUCAGUUCUCACCCUUCACAAUCAAUGCCCUAGACAUAUAAUAAUCGCAGGCAAGUAUUUCGCAUUUUUGUGUUGUCUUUUCAUCAUGCCCCCGUUGUUUAAAGGCCUUUAGGAAUAUUUUUUUUAAUAUAUCUUUUUGUAAAUUUCACGUGUGUGCAGCAACCAUGUUUGUUUGACUUUACAUCAUGAACCGAUGCAUGACAGAACAGGUCUGAUUUAAAGGGCCAUUUUAGUUUUAUUUCCCUUGUCAGCAAAAUUCAGAGUUGUCAGAGUUUGGACUAAUCAAAAGCAGGUUUUUGAAUUCCCAGGCAAAGGAAUAGAAAUGGAAAUGGCAUGAACCCUACACUACCAAGUUAAAAAAAUUGUUGUCACUAUUCUGUUGGCUCACAGACCUGUUCAUCUUAAGAAUCAAACUCAUUGUCUUAAGAAAAAACAGAACAAAAUACAGAAUUGCGCUGCAAAAAGUUUUCAUGACCUCAGAAACAGUUUCCAAGGGACAGUUUAACUUAAUGCUUAAGGCUAAGAUGCGUUUAUGUUGGGCUUUUGAAGUUAUUUAACUCAGUUAUCAGUCAGUGGUGUUUAAAUGUAGUUACUUUGUUUUGGAUUUUUUUUAACAAUGGGAUCUUAUGAUUCAGAUAUCAUUGCAGAUGUCUGCUGUUAACCUAGCGUUAGCCUUUUUUAUAUUAUUAGCGUGCAAAUUAAGAAAAUCUGACGGAAUUUACACAAUUCAUUUUUAAACAAGCUAACGUUAUGUUGGCUGGCUAUAUUUAGGCUACUAACAGACUUGUUACCAAGUAACAUUAAUGGAUGAAAAUAAGUUGCAGAUGGUUUAAUUGAUGGCGUUACCUCAGUUACAGUGCACAUUACAAUUUAGGGUUAUUUGAAUUACCUAAAUUUACCAUACUAAUUUAAUGUUGUUACAGUAUAAUGUGGUAAGAUAUACUAUAUAUAUUUAAGUUGGAAUAAUUCUACAUAUGAUUUGCAGUAUUAUGUUUUAUUACAAACAAUGGUUAUUACAUAAUUAUUUAUACCAUUUAACUGCUAUUUUAUUUAUAUAUUUAUAUUUGUAACAUUUGAAAUUGCUAUUUCAUGUCCCCUUAGCCGAGGAGUUAUUUUAGUUCCCACCUUGCAUGGAACAGAUGUGAGUGUUAUAGACUAGUGACUAGACUGGUGUUUAUGAACCCACAAAAUGGAAGCUUUGGAGAACGCUGCAGACUCUGUUUUAGUUUGAAAACGCCCAGACUAAAUUGCAAACUCUGGAUUCGGGUGGAAACAGAGACUUUUGAAAAAGAUUAUGCAGACACCCAAGUUCUUUUAUGAUUUUUCAUGCCCCUAUCAUGUGACCCUUUUCUGGAAGAAAGCAAACAACAUCCGCUUGACUACUAGGGGUUAAUUCAAAAAGAAUAAUGAACAACAGGUGUUGCUGGCUUUGUUAUCUAUGUUUGCAGCUGUUGUGCAGUUAAAUGAAGCAUUUUUCAAUGCCACUUCUGCCUACAUGCGAAGGAUGCAAGCUAUUACUUAAGCGAUUUGUGACCAUUCCUGUGUCCAGCAGCGUAAUCCAGUUGACUGUUUACACCUGCAUGUGCAUGCCCAGUGUACAUGAAUGGUCAUGUGAUAUGCAUUUUCAGGGUUCAGUAUAGAAGGUGUGGUAUAUUGUUCACUUGAUUGUUGUUUGAUUGUAAUGCUUACUUAUGCUUUUUGGACCUCUGUGAACAUGUUCCUUUUCUAGGUGUUGCAGUGUGUAGGCUCAUGGAUAUGAUAGAAAAAAAGAGAAUGAACACUGCAUGAACAAACCAUCGUAAUACAACUUGCUUAUCCCUUACUACGGGUUCUGAAAUAGACAUAAUGUUUUGCCCUUAAGCAGCUACGCUACACUUGAAGCAAAACAAUUACGAGUUUAUUCUUGACAGAUUAAUAGAAUGAGCAGGCUAAUAAUAAGAUAAGAUAAAAUAAGAUAAUCCUUUAUUAGUCCCGCUAAUAAAGGCUAACCUAGUUUUCCGCCCUGUGCAUCACUUUUAAGUGUCCCCUUGAAACUGUUUUUGUUGUCAUGUGAGCUACUUCCAGAUGUUUUUUGCAUUUUGUUGUUUUUCCUCUAUUUGCUGUGUUUUUUCUAAAUGCUGUUUGUACUGUCAAAUUGGGGAAGUGUUUUGUCUAUUUGCCUGUUUUUUCUUAAUCUGCAGUAGGCUGAACUCUAAGAGGCACUGUAUGUUGCAUUGAAAGCUUUUUCUCUGUUCUAGAUAGCACAAAGCAGUUUAAUUUUCUAAAUAAAAGUACAGACAUGAUCGAAUGAUUGGACUAUAAGGGAGAGGAGAUACAGUUUAACCAGCCAUGGUGUUGUGUUGGCAAUAUAAUGCAAAUAGUUGUUUACCUCUUUGUUAAAUGAGUCGGGGGGGAAAAGAUUGCGCGCAUGGUCUUUUCUCACUUUCAAGACAUUUCUGCGCAUUAAAAGACAGAACUGCCUCAAGGUUUUGAACAGCCAAAGUACUUACUGUGUUUUUACUGACUUAGCGUUACCCUCCAAGUGUAAGAUAGGUUAUAUUAAUCUAAACAAACACUCAAAAUAUUUUAGUGCCAACCUUCUCUAAACUUUUAGAAAGUUGUUGCUAUAAGAAGAGAAAAAAAAAUCAUGUAAAGAAAUCUAAGUGGCUGAAUCCAGCUGAUGACUGUGAAAAUGUCCACUGUGACAGCUUCCCUGGCUCACUAAGAUGUAGCUAAUAAAGCACGGCUGUCUGUUGUUAUUGGCCUGUUGUUUGUCAAUGGUAAAUGGUUAAUGUACUUGUAUUUCUAAUCCUACCACCACUUAAAGAGCUUUAAAACUACAUGUCAUCAUUCACCCAUUGACACCCAUUCAUAAACUGAUGGCAGGGGCUACCAUGAAACAUGCACAUCAGGACUCUGACUAACCAUUCAUACCCAUUCAUACAAUGCAGGUACAGCCUGUGGGAGCCUUUCAGGGUUUAGUGUCUUGGCCAAGGACACAUUGGAGCCAGGGAUCGUACCGCCGAGAAAGUGCAGUGACGAAGAGUUCAAGAUUCUACUGAUGACUCUUAAUUGAACGUUUCCACCAACUUUGACUUCUGUGUGUUUUCCCGUGGAAAGAAAGGUCAGGACAAUUUUUCUCCGAACAACUUCAAGAACAUCUGCCGUUGUGGUCAAGACUGGGAAAUGGACUUGUUACACAAUGGGCAAUAUGUAGACAUAGCAGCAUAUCUUUGAAAGCUUGUAUGCAGCAUUAGUCAGACUGUGUACCUCUGUCACAGCCGGUGACAUCAUCUGGUUAUAUUAUAACAGUCCAGAGACAUUACACAACUUCAGCAUUAAAGUUUGAUCUUAACUCGAGGACCACCUACUGGCUUUUUCCAGACCUUGCAGUCUUCUUGCUGAGAGCGGUUUUGAACUGGUGUUCACAGACAGCUGAUAUUAUCUAUUUCUGCUGUUCAGUAUCUUGUCUGAGUUCUGGUAUUUUGUCCACCUCAUCAAUGAGGUGAGAACAAAUAACAGAAACGCCUCCCUGCACCACAAACUACAUCCUCCAAAAUAAUCAAACAACACCCAAAAACUCAAACAGUUUAAACAAAAACUAAACAUUAAAGCCUUCAUAAAAUGAGUAUUUAUUGCAGAAAUGUUCUUUUAGACUGCAUUAGUUUAGCUAGGUGUAGGCCUACUUAAAAGAUUGUCAACCGAUGAGACCUUGUGGGGCUCAGAGGGUAGAACAGGUCGUCGCUUAACCACAAGUGGACGAUACAAUCCCUGUCUCGUACUUUACGCAUGUCAAAGAAUCUUUGAACGAGACACCGAACCCCAAUAUCCUUCCCAGGCUUAGGAUGCUUAGAAUGCUUUGGAUGGGUUAAAUCAAGAGGUCAGAUUUCAUGUAUGUAUGUGAUGAUUGUAAUAAAGUUAAACUGAGUGUAUAUAACAUUGUAUAUUUCAAUUUUUUCAGAUUCAACCUCUUCCACAGCUUAAACAUUUGAAUACAUUACCCAAUUGAACCUUUGAGUUAAAAUUAUAUUUGUCACACAACAAAUUAUAUAUUUUUCUCAAAUGCAUUAGCCCUAAUCAUGGUAUGGUUCUCUUGUGUCAGCUUUUUAAC